CUGCAGCAGCCAGGGGAGAGCGGCCGGUGCCGGGCACCCCAGGCUCCCGCUGCCUCCCCUCUCUGGGGGGGUAGUGUGCUGCCUGGUGCCUCGGCACAGAUGCCGAUUGAGAUUGUCUGCAAAAUCAAAUUUGCAGAGGAGGAUGAGAAGCAGGCGGCGAAAGAGGAAGGGGACAAGGAGAGCUUGCUAGAGGAGCCCAGCCGGCCACGCCACCGGACCCCGGCUGCCUUUGCGGGCACCAGCACCUUGCACGGCCUCGGCCACAUUUGCCACUCCGGGCAGCUGGGCAUCCGGCAGGCCCUCUGGGCACUGGCUUUCGUGGCCUCGCUGGCCUUUUUCUUGUACCAGGCCGCCCGGUCAGCGCUCUUCUACCUCGAGCACCCGCACGUCACCAGCUUGGAUGAAGAGGCCACUCACAAGAUGAUCUUCCCGGCUGUCACCAUCUGCAACAUCAACCGCUUCCGCCAUUCGGCGCUUACUGAUGCCGAUAUCUUCCAUUUGGCCAACAUGACUGGACUGCCACCCAAGGACCGCGAUGGACACAAGGCCUCAGACCUCCUCUACCCCGACCCAGACAUGGCUGACAUUGUCAACCGCACUGGACACCAGCUGGACGACAUGCUCAAGAACUGCAGCUUCAGUGGGGAGAACUGCUCUGCGGAGAACUUCAGUGUGGUCUACACACGCUAUGGGAAGUGCUACACGUUCAACGGUGACAGAAACAAACCACGGGUGACCCGCCAGAGCGGAAUGGGCAAUGGGCUGGAGAUCAUGUUGGACAUCCAGCAGGAGGAAUACCUGCCCAUCUGGAGAGAGACGAAUGAGACGUCAUUUGAAGCUGGAAUUCGGGUACAGAUCCACAGCCAGGAUGAGCCCCCAUACAUCCACCAGUUGGGCUUUGGAGUCUCCCCAGGUUUCCAGACCUUUGUGUCCUGCCAGGAGCAGCGGCUAACGUAUCUGCCUCAGCCUUGGGGGAGCUGUCGAGCCAGUGUGAAAGGGGAACAGAUUCUGCCUGGCUAUGGAACCUACAGCAUUGCCGCUUGCAGGCUGCAGUGUGAGAAAGAAGCUGUGGUGCGAAACUGCCAGUGCCGUAUGGUGCAUAUGCCAGGUAACGAGUCCAUCUGCUCACCCAAUGUCUACAUUGAAUGUGCUGACCACACCCUUGAUACAGCUGUUGAGGAUUCUCAGGAACACUGUGUCUGCCCCACCCCUUGCAAUUUGACACGCUACGGCAAGGAGAUCUCCAUGGUGCGCAUCCCCAACAAGGGCUCAGCCCGCUACCUGGCCCGCAAGUACAACCGCAAUGAGACCUACAUUCGGGAAAACUUCCUGGUGCUGGACAUCUUCUUUGAGGCACUGAACUAUGAGGCCAUUGAACAGAAAAAGGCCUACAACCUGGCAGGGCUUCUGGGGGACAUUGGAGGCCAGAUGGGCCUGUUCAUCGGAGCCAGCGUCCUCACCGUCCUGGAAAUCCUUGACUACAUCUAUGAGGUGAUCCGUGACAAAGUAGCCCAUGGCCUAAGACGCCCGAAGCCCCCUCUGAAGAAGCCUUCAGGGAGCAUUGCCACCUUGGGAUUGGAGGAGAUCAAGGAGCAGAGCCCCUGUGAGACGCUGGCUCGCCACUCCGAGGGCACUUACCCCACUGGCCUCCUGCCCAACCAUCGCCAUCACCACCACUACUCGCCCCAGGGGGUCUUCGAGGAUUUCGCUUGCUAGGCCAGCUUGUGCACUGCUCCCUCAAGUUGCAGCAGUGCUUCCGGAGCAGCUUCAGGACCAGUGGAUCCCACCUUGUGCCGACAGGCCUGCCAAAGCCAAGCCAAGCCAAGCCACCUUCUCCUACUUCCCACGGCUUCCAAAAGGCAUACGAUGCUUUAAUCCUCUUCCUCCCACUUCUUCCCCUCCCGCUGUGCCCCGCCCAUUACCCCCGGCCACUUAGGGGCUCCGUGCCCCCCCCUGUUGAAGCACACAGAGAGCAUCAGCUGCCGAGUCCAGGAGGUGGAUGGGGCUCCAAACCGCUAUCCACUGACAGGAGAGUCGCCUUUUCUCAGCUCCAAAGUGGGAGGAAGGGCAAGGGGCACAUGGAGCACGGCAGGCAGCAAGAUGCAGUCGUGGAAAGGAGAGACAGGAAUCCAUCCCAGGCCCCGUGCCGACAUGGCAGCACCAACCAACCAGCUGCUCACAACCCUGCAUGGCAGAGUCCGCCGCUGCCACGGUUUGAUCCCUCUCACUUUGUACUGCCCAUUCCAACGUUAAAAUCCCUUCUUACACCCCAUCCUCUCAGAAACACACACUGCAGCCAUGGCAGUAUUAUGCACACGUCCACAAGAGGAGUCAGGGCGGAACAGAAGCUCUGUGUCCCAUCGCCUGCAGUUGGGCCGUUGCCAUGCUCACUUCUGCCCACUUGUUGCUGUCUGCUGCACAUGCGUCUGCUGUGCCCACAAGGAGGUUCAAGACCCUAGACCUUGCCCUUUGAAAGGGGUUCCAGGCGGUGCCCUCUUACUACAUGGGCAUUAGCCUUUCCCCAUCAGUCCAAGGCUGGCCACCUGUCAUCCUGCCCUCACAACUGUAUAUUUGUAUAUAACUGUUUCAGGCCUGUGGUUUUUAGCCAGACAUCAAGUGUGUCAUUGCUCCAGCUGCCCCCUGCUGGUGUCACCAAGAACUGCUGGUAGUGCUGGGCACUGACAUAGGCAUCAAAUCUCAGGUUUCCUCCAGCCCAAGUGCAGAGAGACAAGCCCAGCAGGGGGCUGCUGGCCAGCAACAAAGCCCGAGUUUCCCCAGGACACCUUUUCCCCAGAUGUACAGCCUUCUCCCCACCACCACUUCUCCCCAUCCUUCACCUCCAGCAGCAUUCAUUGGGAUUCAGGGUCCAAGCCACAACCACCCCACCUCUGUGAGAAAGGAGUCGGACGCUUUGGAGUCCCUUAGGGUACCACAGAGGUUCUACAGCUCUACCUGGUCCUCUAGAACCAGGACUCCAGGUUACAGCACUCGAUAACAGAAUUGUCCUGUCAAUUUAACACCCCAGCGAGUGGACAUCAUACCACCUGCGGGAACAUGGAUGAAUUCCCAAGGGAAGGGGGAUGGUCAUGCCUCCUAAAUGUGCGAAGGGAGGUUGUUAAUCAUCUAGCUUUGUGGUAGGACUCUUGAGUAAAUGUACAACAGCAAAAGCUGUCCAAACCACCUUUGUGUUAUGUUUGUGGGGUGUCAGAGUAUUCCAGAGGGCCCCUAGUAUGUGCCAUCAAAACUUUAAGAAUCUUCAUGGUAUAAUGGGAGCACUGAAAUCCUAUGGAAUUAUGCUGCGCCGCCGGACUGUCCCCUCGCAAGAAGAUCUGCUACAACAGAAUAAGGUUGCCUGGU